UUCACCAGCCAUCUCCUCCAGACCCACGGACCAAGCCCGAGGAGUCCAGGCUGAUGGGCGCUCGCCUCUCCCCUGAGGCCAACACGGAGGCACCCCGGGAGGCCCUUAGCUUCCACGGGGACGCCACAGGCGCGCAGGUGCAUCUGGACACACUGCGGUGCACUGCUCGCAGGUGCGCCACGUUCCAUGAUGGCAUCGUAUUCAGCCAGCGGCCCGUGUGGCCUGGAGAGCGUGUGGCGCUGCGUGUACUGCGUCACGAGGACGGCUGGUGCGGUGGCCUCCGAGUGGGCUUCACCCGCCUGGACCCCGCACACGUGACCACAGCCUGCCUGCCGCCCUUCGUGUGCCCAGACCUGGAGGAACAGAGCCCGACGUGGGCGGCGCUGCUCCCAGAGGGCUAUGUGCGCGCGGGGAACGUGGUCUGCUUCUGGGUGAACCGCCGGGGCUGGCUCUUCGCCAAGGUCAACGCUGGCCGCCCGCUCCUGCUGCGCAAAGACGUGCUGGUGGGCGCCCCGCUCUGGGCGGUGAUGGAUGUGUAUGGAACCACGAAGGCCAUUGAGCUGUUGGAUCCCAAAGCCACCACUUCCAUCCCCAGUGAGAACGCUGUGCCUGAGGCCACACCUGGGGAAGAGUGUAUCAUCUGCUUCCACCACACUGCCAACACCCGCCUCCUGCCCUGUGGCCACUCACAUUUCUGUGCCUCCUGCGCCUGGCACAUCUUCAGGGACACAGCCAGGUGCCCCGUGUGUCGCUGGCAGAUCGAGGAAGUGGUUGCAGUGCCAUCAUUGAAGACUGGGGAAGGCUCCUGAGAAAAAGGCUUCUCAACAUGGGUGUCAGAUGGGGCCUAGCUCUGGGGCACGCCCCUGCAGAGGGAGAAACCUCUGCCUGGACGUAGGUCAUCAAGACUGGUCAUGGGUCUGCAAGACUGGUCAGCAAUGAGGAAGGCUCAGUGACUCCCAAGCAGUUGGGUUGUGGCCAGUGUGGCAAGGAGAGACCUCUCUGUCCACAUCAGGAUGCCUCUAGAAUGGCAGGGGCAGACACCGCCCUUGUUUUACAACUGAGGACAUGAAAGGAUCUGCAUCUGAUGGAAGGCCUGCAGCCCCUGAGUACCAAGGACCAGGAGCAAGGAAGCAGGGAGGUGGAAUGAAUCCACAUGGAAACAGAAGCUGAGUCACCUCCACAAGUGUCCAUCAGGUGAUUCACAGUGAUCUUAGGGGUGGUUGUGAGGUCCUGGUGAGAUUGCACAGUGGAAGAGGAUUCAGCUCAUCACCCACACACA